AUGAGUACGAAUAAAAUAACAAUAGAAGGAAAUUCAAUAGAUGUGGUCACCGCCGAUUUUAACCGUGACAGUGUAGAGCAGUCCGUUGUAGAGCCACAUCAUCUAAAAACGGAAGUGCCGAUACUUCCAAUAGUUGAAAAAAACUCAACUGUUUCCGGCGCUGACGAAAACAUUUCAAGUUCAAAAUUUGAACAAUCAAAGCAAAUGGAUCAGAUAGCAGGGAAAUCGUCACAAAACAUACUUUUAUAUAAGGACGAACCAACAGAUAUUGAAAUGGAUUUAGCUGAGGAUUUUACAAAAAAUACCGCAGAAACAUCUAUAAAUAAAAAAAUUAAACAAGAAACUUCCUACCAAGAGCAAAUUGCUGUUGAACAAGCUGUAGAAUCACAGGCAGUUUUGCAAAUAGCUAAUAGUUCUUUAUCGCUUUUGUCGCAAUACAUUAGUUCUGACUCAGAGUCAAACAUUACGGAUUCAGAAGAAGAAUUGCCCAAAACAACAACUCAACCAAUAAAACGUGAAUUAGAAUCUGAAGAUUCCGACGACAGUGUGGAAGUUGUGGAGAAUACGUUGAAUUAUCGCAAUCAUCCAGAUGCUAUUCUUGUUAGUGAUGUUGAGACUGUUCCCAGUGAAAAAGAUAAUCAAUCAGACGACGAUCUCUUCUCAUCUGAGGAAGAUUCUCCUCCACCUAAUCCAGUGAAAGGAAAGGGAGAAACGCUGAUUCACGAGCUUCCACCGAUUGAAGAGCUUCAGAUAUCUGUCCCCGAGUCGCAAUGUAAAUCAAUUGGGUACGUUCAAUCGAUAGUGGCUCAAAUUGUUAUCGUUCAAUCCCUCGCUGGAGUUGAGCUACUUAAUAUAGACACCGUUCUUUUCCUGGAAAAAGGCAAAAGAUCACUAGGAAAAAUUUUCGACGUUAUCGGUCAAGUUGCUUCCCCAAUGUAUUGUGUGCUUUUCAAUUCUCGCCAAGAGGUUACCGAUAAGGGAAUAACAGUCGGAGCGCCUGUGUUCUGUGCGCCACAAACGGAACACACUCAAUUCAUUAUUCUGUCUGAGUUGAUGAAGCACAAAGGAUCAGAUGCCAGCUGGCUGGAUGAUGCUGAAGCUCCUGAUUAUGCACUGGAUUAUUCCGACGAUGAGCAGGAACGAAGGGCAAGAACUCGUAGAAAGAGUCACACAUCGUCUACUGGUAGACAAACCCCCGACGGAGAGCGACAACAACAUCGCCCAUACUACAGAAGGGGAAGAGGUCGCGGGUUGGGGUAG